AUCUAGAAAAUAUCGCGAACUCGCAGCACUGUGUUGCACGAACUUCGCCACGCGGCAAGCGUUGCCGCGUUCUGUAUGCAGAAGCCAUAACCUCGUAUAAGUGUUCAGUAGUGAUAUAUCAAGAAGAAGGCAAGCACGUGUCGUGAAAGAUUCGAAAAUGGCAGAAGAAGAUAAGCAUAAGAAAAAGAGCAAGAAGAAGUCUCUUGGUGAGCUUCAGAGGGAGAUAAAAUGCGAGAUUGAACCUUCUGAUGAAAUAACAAAGCUUGACUGUAAAGAUUGGCCUUUGUUAUUUAAGAAUUUUGACAAAAUGCUGACACGUACCAAACAUUUUACUCCGUUAACAUGUGGUUCUACUCCACUUAAUCGCCCCAUAUCUGAAUAUAUAAAGUCAGGCUGUAUCAAUUUAGACAAGCCAUGUAAUCCUUCGUCACAUGAAGUAGUAUCUUGGAUAAAGAAAAUCUUGAGAGUAGAAAAGACAGGUCACUCUGGUACAUUGGAUCCUAAAGUAUCAGGUUGUCUAAUAGUCUGUAUAGACAGAGCAACCAGAUUAGCUAAAUCACAACAAUCUGCUGGUAAAGAAUAUGUUGCUGUAUUCAAACUUCAUGAUAGCCCAGAAAGUAUACAGAAGGUACAACAAGCAUUGGAGAAACUGCAAGGUGCUCUGUUUCAGAGACCGCCGAUUAUAUCGGCAGUCAAGAGACAGCUUCGCGUUAGGACAGUAUACGAUAACACGUUACUCGAUUACGACAAGCAACGAGACAUAGGAGUGUUUCGAGUUAAUUGUGAAGCUGGUUCAUACAUUAGAACACUGUGUGUUCAUCUGGGGCUCUUCCUAGGUAUUGGUUGUAAUAUGCAAGAACUGAGACGAAUUCGCUCCGGCGUCCAAUCUGAAAAUGACAAUAUGGUCACCAUGCAUGAUAUCCUUGAUGCCCAGUGGUUGUAUGACAAUCACGGAGACGAAUCGUAUCUAAGGAGAGUAAUAAAACCAUUAGAAGCAUUAUUAGUGCAACACAAAAGAAUCAUCAUAAAGGAUAGUGCUGUAAAUGCAAUUUGUUACGGAGCGCAAAUAAUGCUACCAGGCAUUCUGAUGUACGACUCGAAUAUAGAAGUGAAUCAAGAAAUUGUAAUUGUAACCACUAAGGGCGAAGCUGUAGCACUCGCCAUAGCAUUGAUGACCUCUGCAACUAUGGCUGCAUGUGAUCAUGGAAUCGCCGCAAGAACUAAAAGGGUAAUUAUGGAGAGAGACGCGUAUCCGAGAAAGUGGGGUUUGGGACCUAAAUCAUCAACAAAGAAACGUAUGAUAAUCGAAGGAAAAUUAGAUAAAUAUGGAAAGCCAAAUGAAAACACACCAACUGAAUGGUUACAAAAUUAUACCUAUUAUUCUGGAACCGAACCAACAGUAUCAAUCAAAACCGAGAAUAAUGGUAUUGAGCAAGUUACUGGUAAAAAACGGAAAUGGGAAAGUGACGUAAGUGCAACAGACCUAGAGGUAUCUAUAGAACAGUCCGUUGGAGCGAAAGACGAAGAAACAUCAUCCCCAAAGGAUAAAAAGAAAGAAAAAAAGGAAAAGAAGAAAAAGAAAAAGAAGGAGAAGCUGGAUGAGGAAAGCAAAGAUUUCACAAUGAUGGAAGAUGAUUCUUCCAUAAAGAAAGAGAAAAAGAAAAAAAAGAAAAAACAUCAAGAUGAAGAACCAUUCGAAGCAUCAGGCUAAAAAUUUAUAUUACAAAAAGAGAAUUUAAAAUUUUUAUUUUAUAAUAAAAAGAUUUUUAUAUAAGUAUAUUCAAUAGAUGAAAGCCAUUUAUUCAUCAUGUGGCCAUUUCAUCCUAUAAGAUUAAAAAUGAACUAUUACAUAAAAUAUAUAAUUUCAUGUCUGUGUCCGUGUGUGUGUGUAUGUACUUUUUCGCUACGAUGUUGCACUAGAUACUUACAAAAUAAUGAUGGUAUCUCCAAUUAUAUAGCAUUUAGAUGUUAUAUUAAUGCCAUUAAAAAAAUAAAUGUAAUGAAAUAAUUGUUCCAUAAAAAGUAUUCUCUAGCUGUCAAUGCAUAUUACAGAAGAGAAUCACUAUAGUGGUGUGUUGUCUUACGCGAUCGUUUAGCGGGAAACUAUUACAGCGACGCAUCGUAACAAAAAGUAAUUACACAAAUUUAGAUGUAUAUGAUUAUAUCAAAACUAUUUUCUUUUCGUAUAUCGUAUAGUUAUUUGUCGAUUCCUUUACAACUUUAGCUGCAUUUUCAAAAGACAAGAGGAAAAAUGUAGAUUUCCUUUCUUGGAUCUUUUCUAUUACUCUUCCAGACUCUGCGCAAGUACAUUUUAAAACUUCGAUAUUGCACUUAUAUUCUUAAGAAUGAGAGUUCACUGUACAUAUAAGAUUAUUUUUUAAUUAUGACUUGAAUAAAAUUAUGUAUUAUAUAA